CAAAAAAAAAAUAUAAUUCAUUAUCAUUUCGUUUACCGAUAAAGUACUCAACCAAUGUCGUUGCGUAUUUAAUUUAACUGUUAAUUUUCAAUGAGAAUCAUGUGACGGAGCACGCACGUUAGAAAAGUUUUUUUUUUAUAAAUUAAAUUAUGCACACAGAAAUAUAGAGUUGACAUAUAAAAACUUUUUUAAAGAUCGAUAUUAUAUCGCAGUGAUAUAUUCAUCGUGUUCUAAUAGUGUUAUGUUUAUUGUGAAGGUGCUUGUGUAUAUCAACUAAUUUAUAUUCAGUUGUCGAAAUAUUUACGUAACGUGGUAGAUAUUUGGUAUUUAGGAACAAGAUUUAUUUAUAUUGAAAGAAAAAACGCUUCAGGAACAAUGCGACUUUUGAGAAAACUCCCGUAAAGCGCCAUCUAUCGGCUUUUAAAAUGAACUAUCCAGAGAUUAAUGUUUAAACGCAAUGCCCCGUUUAAAAUAUGCCUCAAUCCUACGAGUACUGCUUAUUCUGGGCCUGUUUUGCGUCUGGGUACAGAUUAUGCUGUCGGCGACGAAUGGUGCUUUGGACAAAGAUGGCGAUAACAUACUAGCAGAUAUAUUACAGACUAAUCUCACUAACAAUGAAGAGCCGUUUACAGAAGAGUUGAUGAAUUCAAAUGAAACAUCGGAACAAGUCCUGGCGCUCGUACCACCUGAGUUACACAAGUACCUGACCGUUCAUCCGAGGAACAGCAGUGCGAACGCGACAGAGCGAUACAGUCCCAAGAAUGUUUCGGAUAUAUUGCGCGCCGUUCAGAGGGUGAACGGUGCCCAAACUAUUUACAACGAAGACUUAUUCGGUCCAGUUCAGAAUGACACAAUUAUUAUUGCAAUACAGGUCCACACUCGGCUCACGUACCUCCGUCACUUGAUCGUGUCUCUGGCUCAGGCGAAGGACAUCGACAGGACCUUGCUGAUAUUUUCCCAUGAUUACUAUGAUGAAGAAAUCAAUAAUUUAGUCAGGAGUAUUGAUUUUACGAAGGUUAUGCAAAUCUUCUACCCGUACUCCGUUCAGACUCACCCCCUGGAGUUUCCGGGGAUGGAUCCCAAUGACUGCCCUCGUGAUGCGAAAUUGGAACAGGCGUUAAAACUAAAAUGCAACAAUGCUCUGCACCCCGACCUGCACGGACACUACCGGGAGGCGAAGUAUGCGCAAACGAAACACCACUGGUGGUGGAAGGCCAACAGGAUCUUCAAUCAGCUUCAGUGUACAGCGAGCCACACGGGUAUGGUGGUAUUUCUAGAAGAGGAUCACUAUGUGGCGGAGGAUUUCAUACACAUCCUCAGUCUACUCCGGACCACCGCCGAUAAAACGUGUCCUCAAUGCGAGAUCUUAUGUCUCGGGACAUAUCUUAAGACUUAUCAGUACCACAGCACGAGCGAUAAGAGAAAGAAGCACCUUACCCUGAACUACAUACAGCAAGUCCGUGCUAUCAGCGAAGAGAGAAGAAAACGGCAACACGACACGCAAACAUGGAACUACCAAGUCUAUCCGAAUUUAUAUGCGAACACGCAAAAGGUGGAAAUAACUCCAUGGCAUUCCAGCAUGCAUAACAUGGGCAUGGUGUUCAAUAGAACAGUCUGGACUAAUAUUCUUGAGCUCCAAGAACAGUUCUGCGCUUAUGAUGAUUACAAUUGGGACUACUCGUUACUGCACCUGUCCCAGAAUAGACCUGGAAGAGAGAAGUUUAAAGUGAUACUCUGCAAAGGUCCCAGGGUAUUCCAUAUUGGAGAAUGCGGUUUUCAUCAUAAGAAAUCCAACUGCAACGCGUCAACUGUUAUCAGCAAAGUGCAGAAGUUGCUCCAGGACGCGAAGUCGUACCUGUUCCCGGCGCGAGUGACGGCGACGAUCAGCGCCGGUGGCGCGAAGCACAAUAAGAAAUUAAUUAAGGGGAAUGGAGGGUGGGGGGACUUGAGGGAUCAAGAACUGUGCACGAAUAUGACAAGAGUUGAGCGUCAAAUGAGAAAGUACAUAUAUUACACGUAGUCAAUAUGAUACAGGUCUGCUAUACCAAAUACUAAACUAAAACGUACACGAGUAAUUAUAUUUUGACAGCUCACGAUGUAUGUAUCCGUCCGCCAUCUUGUUUUAUCUGUCAACUGUCAUUAUUUGUAACUGACGGCUGUGUAGUUGAAUUGAAUACAGAAUGUACUUUUUUU